GGGAUCGGUUGGACUUUGAACGAAGUGGCAUUGGCAUGGAUUCAUGAACGCGUUCCCCGGGAUACACCACCGUUGCCUGAUUUAUGGUUUUCAUGGUUUCCCGAGGUCAGAGGAGCAAUCAGAAUCACUGAGUACAUUAUGAUCAUUCUUGUGGUGAACGCUGUCGUGGUAAAAUCGAUAUGUCUAUCAAAAAAGUACCAGACCUGUUCUCCAUCUGAUACAAUCUGA